AUGAAGGUCAAUAGUUUCAUACGCGCUCUGGCGAUAUUCUCUGCCGGAGCUUGUGCAUGCAAACAGCUCACUCCCCAACGUGUAGCGGAUGAUAUCAAAGCAGAAGAUCUCGACAAGAUACUUCAAGCUUUAUACAAAAUUGCCCACGACAACAGCAAUAACCGGGCCUUUGGACUCCCAGGUUACAAGGCAUCGCUUGAUUUUGUUCUUUCUCGUUUGGGCGGCGGUAACCAUUUCGCUAUCACAGUUCAGCCAUUCAAGAAUCUCUUUUCCCAAACUCGAAAGAUUGUUUUGACAGGUCCCGAUGGAGAACACGUCGAUGUGGUCUCACUGCAGUACAAUCACGCCACUCCCCUACCCGACGGAGUAACAGCCUCUUUGGCCCUCAUCCCCAUAGACGAUGUUCGUGGCUCAGGCUGUUUCGAAGACCAAUGGAAAGACAUCGACGUCAAAGGGAAGGUUGCUUUGAUCAAGCGCGGGAAAUGCCAGUUUGCAAACAAGCUCAAAUUGGCCAAGGAUAACGGUGCUUCAGCAGCCAUCGUCUUCAAUGAUAAUCCCAACCAAACGGCGGGAUCCGGCUCCCUCGGAGCUGAGAACUUUGGUAAACUUGCACCUGCUGGUGUCGUCACGUACGACAAGGGAAAUUCUUGGGCCGAACGUCUUAAAGCAGGGGAGAACCUAGAGGUCAAUCUGACCAUCGAUGUCUUGACUGAAAAGCGCGAAACUUGGCAGAUCAUUGCAGAUACCAAGGCUGGUGAUUCUACUAGUGUUGUGAUGCUGGGUGCUCAUCUUGACUCUAUUCAAGAAGGCCCUGGCAUUAAUGAUAACGGAAGCGGUGUCGCCGCCCUACUCAGCAUCGCCGAGUCAGUCAAGAAGGAUGAGGCCAGCAAGAUACGAUUUUACUACAACUACGACAUGAUUGCCUCUCUACAGCCUUACUACAUCGUAUAUGCUGACUCCAAUGCACACAAAUCUGGCGCGAAAUAUCUCUAUGAGUUUCUAACUAAUAAAGGGUAUCCCGCUGAGUACACACCCUUUGGGGCGUCUUCAGACUAUGUGGGCUUCCUUGAACUUGGUAUUCCCACAUCCGGUAUCUUCACAGGCGCUGGUGUUCCGCAAGAUGCUUGCUAUCAUACUCCGUGUGAUGACAUCAAGAACAUCAACCAGGAAGCAUUCCUCGUCAAUGCUAAGGCUGCCGGCUACGCCGCUGCAAGUCUUGCCUUGAGUGUAGAUGAGGUACCUAUGCAUGAAAGCUCAACUGUCAACCCUUUGAGCAAGCGCGGAGUAGUAAGAAACCUGGUUCGGUGGGCGAAUGUUGCCCGAGGUGCAGAGAAGGUGCAUAGCUGUGGGAGUGAGAGGAAGGUCUUUAUGUGA